AUGGUGAACAAACCAGUAGUAAAAUUAUACGUUAUGAAGAGAAAUGGUAUACAGGAAGACAUAUAUAUAGAUAAAAUUACUUCGCGUAUUAAAAAAAUGUGCUAUGGCUUGAAUAUGAAUUUCAUAGAUCCGGUUUCGAUAACUCUGAAAGUCGUUAGUGGAUUAUAUCCUGGAGUUACCACCGUUGAAUUAGAUACUUUAGCAGCAGAAACGGCAGCCACUAUGACCAUAGAUCAUCCAGACUACGCUGUUCUAGCUGGAAGAAUAGAAGUUUCAAAUUUACAUAAAAGAACAAAAAAACAUUUUAGCGAGGUGAUGUCUGAUUUAUACAACGUAGUAAAUGACAAUAAAAUUCACACUCCGAAGAUAUCAGAAAAGCAUUACAACAUCAUUAUGAAAAAUUCCGAUAAACUUAAUUCUCAUAUCAUUUAUGACAGAGAUUUCUCGUACAGUUAUUUUGGAUUCAAAACAUUAGAACUCUCCUAUCUAUUGAAAAUUAAUGGGAAAAUUGUUGAGAGACCUCAGCACAUGCUUAUGAGAGUUGCCAUCGGUAUUCACGGGGAAGAUAUCGAUGCAGCCAUCCAAACUUAUGAUUUAAUGUCUAAGAAAUAUUUUACUCAUGCUAGCCCUACUUUAUUUAAUGCCGCCUCCCCCAAACCGCAACUCUCUUCAUGUUUUUUGCUUACGGUGCCAGAGGAUAGUAUUGAUGGCAUUUACGAGUGCCUAAAACAGUGUGCCUUUAUUUCAAAAAAUGCAGGAGGAAUUGGAGUUAAUGUACACAAUGUUAGGGCGAAAGGAUCGUACAUUGUUGGAAGUGAUAGUGCAUCGAAAGGCUUAGUUCCAAUGUUGAAGGUGUUCAAUACAACUGCGCAGUAUGUGGAUCAGGGUGGUAACAAGAGGCCUGGCGCAUUCGCCAUAUAUUUGGAACCCUGGCACGCCGAUAUAUUCGACUUUUUGAAUCUGCGAAAAAACACUGGUAAAGAAGAAUUAAGGGCAAGGGAAUUAUUUUAUGCACUUUGGAUACCAGAUUUGUUUAUGAAAAGAGUGGAAUCCGAUGGAAUAUGGUCUUUAAUGUGUCCUCACAAUAGUCCUGGUUUGUCGGAUUGUUAUGGUGAGAAAUUUGAACAAUUAUAUGAAGAAUAUGAACGGCAAAAUAAAUUUUUAAGACAAGUACGUGCGCAAGAAGUAUGGCGGGCCAUCAUAGCCGCGCAAGUUGAGACCGGCACGCCGUAUAUGUUGUACAAAGAUGCCUGCAAUAAGAAAUCGAAUCAGAAGAACCUAGGAACGAUAAAAAGCAGUAAUUUAUGUACUGAAGUGGUGGAAUAUACAUCUCCGGACGAAAUUGCUGUAUGCAAUCUAGCCUCCAUUGCUGUAAAUAUGUUUGUUUCGAAGGAUAGAACGCACUAUGAUUUUAAGAAGUUGAAAGAAAUAACCAAGGUUGUAACUAAGAAUUUAGAUAAAAUUAUUGAUGUCAAUUAUUAUCCCGUUCAAGAAGCGAAAAAUUCGAAUAUGAGGCAUAGACCAAUAGGAAUUGGUGUCCAAGGUCUGGCUGAUGCAUUUAUUUUGAUGAAAAUGCCAUUCGAUAGUGAAGAAGCUGCACUUCUGAAUAAGCAAAUAUUCGAGACAUUAUAUUAUGGUGCCUUAGAAGCCAGUUGUGAACUGGCCCAAGAAUUAGGCACUUAUUCAACUUAUGCAGGAUCACCUGUAAGCCAAGGCAUAUUACAGUAUGACAUGUGGGAUGCCCAACCGACUACACUAUGGGACUGGUCAGCACUAAAAGUUAAAAUUGCCAAACACGGAGUACGAAAUUCAUUAUUAUUGGCACCCAUGCCCACUGCAUCUACAGCUCAAAUAUUAGGAAACAACGAAAGCGUUGAACCUUACACAAGCAACAUUUACACGAGAAGAGUACUUUCAGGAGAGUUCCAAAUUGUUAACCACCAUUUACUGAAAGAUUUAACCAACAGAGGGCUAUGGAAUGACGUCAUGAAGAACCAGAUAAUAGCCAAUCGCGGUUCGAUACAAAACAUCCCGGGAAUCCCCGACGAUCUCAAAGCCAUUUACAAGACAGUUUGGGAGAUUUCGCAGAAGGUUAUACUUAAUAUGGCCGCCGAUAGGGGCGCUUAUAUCGAUCAGAGCCAAAGCCUGAAUAUCCACAUCGCCAAACCUAGUUACGGAGUCCUAACCUCAAUGCAUUUCUACGGUUGGAAGAAAGGUUUGAAGACAGGAAUGUACUACCUCCGAACAAAACCUGCGGCCAAUCCCAUUCAGUUUACUGUAGAUAAAUCAAAACUAUUGGUCGCAAGUGACAGUCCAAAAACUGCCGAAGCAGAGCAGGUAGGGCAAAAUGGGGAUUCUAAAACGACAAAUGGGGUUAAGGAAUCAAGUGAAGAAGAUGACUUAGCUGCAAUAACUUGUUCCUUAAAUAACCCAGAAGACUGCCAAAUGUGUGGUGCAUAAGAUUAUUUAUUAUUCUCUAAUCCAUUUUUAGUUAAUUUUACUUUUAAACAAAGUAUUUUGAGACUGGCGUGUAAUUAUUUCUUUUUAUUGUUAACUAUAUUGAGUUAAAUUUCAACCUCAAUGUUUUUCUUUUAUAUACAUAUAGACGUAACGUGCGUUAAGCUUUAAAACCAAAUCUCACAUAUUUUUCAUAUUUGAUAACUGAGUAUUUAUAUUUUAAAAUUUAUAUUUAAUCUUUUGUAUAUUGUAAAGGAAAUUAUGAAAAUUAUAUGUCAUUUAAAUAUGUAUUGCAAUUUUGUAAACACCAUUUUCUUGGCAUGGAAUCCUCUAUUUUAUUGUUUAGGUACUUCUUUUUUCUAUUUAGAUCUAAGUUUUAUUUUUAUUAAUGUAGAUUCGUAUAUUAUUAUAAUUUUUCUUCCUA